CAGAGAAGCAAGUGGGAUGAAAGAGCGUAGGAGUAGCCGCCCUGAAGCCUGAGCUUCUCCCAGGAGCCAUCCCCGCCUAGCCCGACUAGGGCAAGAGCCUAGAGAGCUAGCCCAUCUGUGGCAUCCGUGGCCGCCUCCUCCUUGCACCUCCUCGCCGACCCCUCCCUCCCGAGACCUGCAUCUCGCUCCGCCAAUCAGAGUCCGACUGCCGCUCCCCACGUGACCCCGGGCGGGCUAAGGACCUGCUGCUUCCCAAACGCCAGAGGGAUGCGGGCGGCAGAGCGCGAGAGGCGGCGGCUGGGCUGCGGAGCGCUGUGACUGUCCCUCCACCCAGUCUAGUCGCGCACCUCUCUUCUGCCCGCUGGUUGCCUCCUCUCUGGCCCCUGGUUUCUGUCUCCUAUCCCUCCUUUGCCCCAACCCUCUUCCUUAUGGCAGCAGCUCCCCGCAUCUGGGGCGAAGCUUUUCAGCGGACUGUCUUCUCUCUCCCCGGCUGAGCCGGGUCGCUGGAUGUUGCUGAAACUCCUGAGAUCAUGAGCUCCUUUGGCCACAGCCUCACUGCUGGCUGCCCCUGCCGCCGCCUCCUCUGUUACCGUGGUCCGCGGGAUGCUCAGUAGCCCGCUGCGUGGCCCCCGCGAUCCCGUGUUCUUCAGGAGCCGUUGGUUGCUGCAGAGUUGCGCGAAGUAGUCAUGGUGCUGUGGGAGUCCCCGCGGCAGUGCAGCAGCUGGACACUUUGCGAGGGUUUCUGCUGGUUGCUGUUGCUGCCGGUGACGCUGCUUAUCAUAGCCCGUCCGGUGAAACUCGCUGCUUUCCCUACCUCCUUAAGUGACUGCCAAACGCCCACCGGCUGGAACUGCUCCGGUUUUGAUGACAGAGAAAAUGAUCUCUUCCUGUGCGACACCAACACCUGUAAAUUUGAUGGGGAAUGUUUAAGGAUUGGAGACACUGUGACUUGCGUCUGUCAGUUUAAGUGCAACAGUGACUAUGUGCCUGUGUGUGGCUCCAAUGGAGAGAGCUACCAGAAUGAGUGCUACCUGAGGCAGGCUGCCUGCAAGCAGCAGAGUGAGAUCCUUGUGGUCUCAGAAGGAUCCUGUGCCACAGAUGCAGGAUCAGGAUCUGGAGAUGGAGUCCAUGAAGGCUCUGGAGAAAGCAGCCAGAAGGAGACCUCCACCUGUGACAUUUGCCAGUUUGGUGCAGAGUGCGACGAAGAUGCUGAGGACGUCUGGUGUGUAUGCAACAUUGACUGUUCUCAAACCAACUUCAACCCUCUCUGCGCUUCUGAUGGGAAAUCUUAUGAUAAUGCGUGUCAAAUCAAAGAAGCAUCGUGUCAGAAACAGGAGAAAAUUGAAGUCAUGUCUCUGGGUCGAUGUCAAGAUAACACAACUACAACCACUAAAUCUGAAGAUGGGCAUUAUGCAAGAACAGAUUAUGCAGAAAAUGCUAACAAAUUAGAAGAAAGUGCCAGAGAACACCACAUACCUUGUCCAGAACAUUACAACGGCUUCUGCAUGCACGGGAAAUGUGAACACUCCAUCAAUAUGCAGGAGCCAUCUUGCAGAUGUGAUGCCGGUUACACUGGCCAACACUGUGAAAAAAAGGACUACAGUGUUCUCUACGUCGUUCCUGGCCCUGUCCGAUUUCAGUAUGUCUUGAUUGCAGCUGUCAUUGGAACGAUUCAGAUUGCUGUCAUAUGUGUGGUGGUCCUCUGCAUCACAAGAACCUGCCUCCUGAGCAAUAUCUCAUAAAAUAUGAAUAUCUAGAGACCUGUUACAAAAUGAAAAGAGUUGUCCCAUUGAGAAUGUGGAUUUUCAUCUUUUUACUUCCAUCUCCCACUUGUUGAAAAUGUGACUUCCCAGAUCCAUGUUUGUUUUUAACAAAUAUAUAGCCCUAGCAACUACAGAAAAAUGUGCCCACAGCUACUAUGUAUGUGUGUGAGUGUAUGUUUAUAUACGUAUUUUUCACUGUACCACCCUUAGUUGUAAUAGAAUUUGUGUUACCUGUAUAUUUCUCUUGCUUGCAUGAUCAAAGAAAUUUGUUAUUAUAAUUAAAAAAAAAACUAGAU